AUGGGGCCCUGGGCAAAGAUGGUCUGCUCCCUGUUCCUCCUGCUGAAGGUCCUGGCUGUGUCAACUAAGAACUCGGACUUCUACCUGGCUGGGGAUUACCUCCUGGGUGGCCUCUUCAGCCUCCAUGCCGAUGCGAAGGGCACUGUCCAUCUCAAUUACCGGCAGGUGCCCAAGUGCAAGGAGUAUGAAAUGAAGGUGAUGGGCUACAACCUGCUGCAGGCCAUGCGCUUCACGGUGGAGCAGAUCAACAACCACAGCAGCCUGCUGCCUGGUGUGUGGCUGGGCUACGAGAUGGUGGAUGUCUGCUACAUCUCCAACAAUGUCCAGCCUGCACUCUACUUUCUGGCACAGGAGAACGACUUCCUGCCCAUCCAGGAGGACUACACCCACUAUCUGCCCCGUGUGGUGGCCGUCAUUGGCCCUGACAACUCCGAUUCUACUGUUACUGUGGCCAACUUCCUCUCCAUCUGUCUCGUUCCACAGAUCACCUACAGUGCCAUCAGUGAGGGACUGCGUGACAAGCGGCGCUUCCCGUCUCUGUUGCGCACGGCGCCCAGCGCUGACCACCACAUCGAGGCCAUGGUGCAGUUGAUGCUGCACUUCCGCUGGAACUGGAUUAUCCUGCUGGUGAGCAAUGACAGCUAUGGCCGCGAAAACAGCCACGUGCUCAGCGAUCGCCUGAGCCGCCGCGACAUCUGCAUCGCCUUCCAGGAGACGCUGCCCACGCCGCAGCCCAACCAGGUCGUGACGCUGGAGGAGCGCAAGCGCCUGGAGGCCAUUGUGGACAAGCUGCAGCAGAGCACCGCGCGUGUCGUGGUCGUGUUCUCGCCAGAACUGUCCCUGAACAACUUCUUCAUCGAAGUGCUGCGCCGAAACUUCACAGGCGCCGUGUGGAUUGCCUCUGAGUCCUGGUCCAUUGACCCGGUCCUGCACAACCUCACCCAGCUGCACCACGCGGGCACCUUUCUGGGCAUCACUGUCAAGAACGUGCCCAUCCCAGGCUUCAGCGAGUUCCGCCUGCGCCGGGCACAGGCUGGGCAAUCGCUGCCCAAGACGACCAGCCAGAGGCCCACCUGCAAUCAGGAGUGCGACACCUGCUUGAAUACCACUGCGUACUUCAACACCAUUCUCACACUCUCCGGAGAGCGUGUGGUCUACACCGUGUACUCCAGUGUCUAUGUUGUGGCUCAUGCCCUGCACAGCCUCCUCGGCUGCAACCAGACACACUGCGCCAAGACGGUGGUCUACCCCUGGAAGCUACUUCAGGAGAUCUGGAAGGUCAACUUCACCCUCCUGGGCCACCCGAUAUUCUUUGACCAGCAAGGGGAUGUGCCCAUGCCCUUGGAGAUCAUCCAGUGGCAUUGGGACAUGAGCCAGAAUCCUUUCAAGAGCAUCGCCUCCUACUACCCUGUUGAGCGGCUGCUGAAGGACAUUGGCAACAUCUCCUGGCACACCCCCAACAACACGAUCCCAGUGUCCAUGUGUUCCAAGAGCUGCCAGCCUGGGCAAAGGAAGAAGUCUGUGGGCAUCCACCCCUGCUGCUUCGAGUGCCUUGACUGUGUCCCCGGCACCUUCCUCAACGAAACUUCAGAUGAAUAUGAAUGCCAGCUGUGCCUGAGCAACGAGUGGUCCCACGGCAGAAGCACCUCCUGCUUCAAGCGGCGGCUGGCCUUCCUGCAAUGGCACGAGACUGCCACCAUCGCUGUGACCCUGCUGGCUUUCCUGGGCUUCUUCAGCACCCUGGCCAUCCUGGUGAUAUUCUGGAGGCACUUCCAGACCCCCAUCGUGCGCUCGGCCGGGGGCCCUAUGUGCUUCCUGAUGCUGACGCCACUGCUGGUGGCGUACUCGGUGGUGCCGAUGUACGUCGGGCCGCCCACGAUACCCAGGUGUCUCUGGCGCCAGGCCCUUUUCGCUUUCUGCUUCACCAUCUGCCUCUCCUGCAUCACCGUGCGUUCUUUCCAGAUUGUCUGCAUCUUCAAGGUGGCCAGCCGCCUCCCACGGGCCUACAGCUACUGGGUCCGCUAUCACGGGCCCUACAUCUUUGUGGUGUGUAUCACGGCAUUCAAGGUGGUCAUCGUGUCAGGCAAUGUGCUGACCGUGACCACCAGUCCCACCGCCCAUGCUGACCCCGAUGACCCAAAGAUCUUGAUUCUCUCCUGCAACGCCAACUACCGCAAUGGGCUGCUGAUCAACUCCAUGCUGGACCUGCUCCUCUCGGUGGCGGGCUUUGGCUUCGCCUACAUGGGCAAGGAGCUGCCCACCAACUACAACGAGGCCAAGUUCAUCACCCUGAACAUGACCUUCUACUUCACCUCCUCUGUCUCCAUCUGUACCUUCAUGUCUGUCUACGAUGGGGUGCUAGUCACUGUCAUGGACCUCUUGGUCACUGUGCUCAACCUUCUGGCCAUUAGCCUGGGAUUCUUCGGCCCCAAGUGCUACAUGAUUCUCUUCUACCCGGAGCGCAACAGGCCAGCCUAUUUCAACAGCAUGAUCCAGGGCUACACCAUGAGGGAAACCUAG